ACGGCGGUUUUGCUUUUUCCCGGGUGGCAGGGAAUCCUUCUUCGCGUUGGAGAGUGACUUAUCUCUUUCUAGGGUUUCAGUUUUUCAUGUUUCUUCUCCAACGACUUCUGCUUUCUCCUCCUCCUUCACGAGGUAACACGUUCUAAUCUGUGUGAUGAUUCCAUCUUCUUCCCUCUUUUGAUUCCUUCUAAGGAUUCUCUUCUUCUUCCUCUUGUUUCUUUUUUCGAUUCUUUCAAAGAUCUCCAUUAUGAUUAUCACUUCCCCAUUGAAACUCCUCCCGUGCUUCGCGUCUCAGAACCUCCGUCGCAUCUUUGGUCCCGGCUUGAAUCCCUUCGCACCAUACGGCAUGGCGAAUCAUUCCUUCUUCUCUCGUUAAUUUCCAAACCCUAGCCUGCCAUGUAAAUCCCGGUUUAGUUUCUCGUGAGACAGUUGUUUAUGGUCUUAUGGAACGUUAAGAAUUCUGGUUGUGUUUGAAAUCGUUGAGGUUCUCUGAUAUAGACAAAAAGGGCUGUGGAAAAAGUGUCUUCGGUUUGAGUGUUCCGGGAGUGAUCUUCUUGUUGUAAUUUCUGGUAAACUGUCAACGAUUUUGUUUUCGUGAGAUAUGCCUCAAGAGUGCAGGCCUUCUUUGAGGCGCAAUUUAUCCAGAAGGUGGUUGCGGAUAUGUCCUGAAGAGAGGGAUGAUAGAGGUUGGACUCUUCUUCAUGUUGGUGCUCAUAAAGGCGAUCUGAAGGAGGUGAGACGGCUUCUUGAGGAUGGCAUUGACGUUAACAUUGCAGCAUGGGGGCCCCGAUCACUUGGUCUGACCCCACUGCACCUUGCUGCUCAAGGAGGCCACCUCAAGGUGAUGGAUGAAUUACUUGAACGUGGUGCUGAUAUCGAUGCUAGAACGAAAGGUGCUUGUGGCUGGACUCCUCUACACAAUGCAGCGAAGGCUAGAAAGAAGGCGGCAGUAGAAUUUCUGAUUGAAAAUGGAGCUUUCCUGCCACCCGACAUCAAUGACAUGAGAUUCAAUCCUCCUCUGCACUACUGUCCUGGCUUAGAGUGGGCUUAUGAAAUGAAGAGGCUCCGUGAUGAGAGUCAGUCUUCUGGUGAUGGUUCUUCAACAUCUGACAGCUGAUGAUCUACUGCCUGUUCUUUGCCUAUGGCUUGCUUAUGUCCUUGAUGUGCUACCUGUCGUCUCUACCAUGAACGACCGAUAAGAUAAACCGGACUUGUUAGACAUUUAUGAUAUCUAUGAUAUGCUUGUAGAUUUGUGCAGAUAUUACUGGUGCGAUCUGCUAAGGACCGCUUUUUUGUGCGUGUAAUGUGUCAGAGUGACAUCUCUGUGUUAAUCGGAUUGUUGAAUGAUACUUAUAGUGUGUUAAGAUACGACUGUCUAUUUCUUCA